GCUCUGAGCAAACCAACAUCUCCAGAUGACAGGACAAGGUUUAUCAGACUUGGUUUGAUCAUUAUUGAGGAGUUAACACCAGUGAUGCAAGACAUACUAGCAAAUGAAAUCUCGCCUAGUAAUAUAUUCAAUACAGUAAAACAAAAAAUAACAUUGUUCCAAAAACUUGGACCAGAUCAAAUAGAUAAAAUUAACAAUGCCAAGACCCAAGGUUACAAAGACAUUGAUAUUACCCUAUUAUAUACACUACUGCGUAAUCUCUGUCCAAAUAUUCCAAAACCCACCAAAGGAUGGGGAAUAUCUGCAAUGCCACAACAAAGUGAAACAACUCUUGGAGAUGAUAUUGAACGAAUCCGUCUGAUAAGGAACAAAGUAUAUGGUCAUAUUUCUGUGCCCUCUAUAUCAGAAAGGGAGUUUAGAGAAUACUGGUCUACAAUUUUUGACAUCUGCAAACGAAUGCAAGUCCUGCUGCCAGGGAAAAAUUACAUACAGAGCCUACAGCUUGCUGAAGGAUGUACCAUUGAUUCAGAACGAGAAAAUAUGUAUAUGAGUAAAAUAAAAGAUCUUAUUGAAGGUGAAAAAAGUACCAGAGAAUUGCUACAAAGAUUUAUAGCUGAGAAAGAGUUAUCAUCAAAAGAAAUUGUAAGAAUUGAAACUAAGAGCCCACAGAAAAGGAAACUUGCUGAUGCAAUGACAGACACUAGCAUCCAGAUUUUAAAUAAUAUGGUGAAUAGUUAAAUGAGAAUUCAUCUAAUUCAGAUUUAAAGCAACUUUACAAAGCAAUAAAAAACUUCAUAAAAGAAAAUAAGGAGGAAAGCGCAAGACUGGCCUCUGAUCCAUUUUUUGAAGAACUUACACAAAAGAUAGUAGCAUAUGCCAAUCUAAAAGAAGAUGACAGGAUGAAAAUCUUGGCCAGAUUUCUUCGAUUUAUCUUGAAGUUAAAGAAAACAUACACUGCUUCUUUAGUGAGCUCUAAUGGCAGCUUACUUCUUAGGAUAACCUUUGCUUCAGAGAGAGGCUAUAACCUAUAUAGACGGGACUUGGAAAGUGGUGAAAUUGGUAGACAGAUACUGAAAGUACUUUUGUUUCCUCCACACCUUGCAAGUUUUAACCUUAAAGCUGAGGAUUUAAUCGUAUAUCUGAAUGAUCAUAAAAUAACACAAGAACAAGCCCAAAUGACCACAGCAAAAAGUCACUUGGAAGAAAAUCGACACGGUUCUCCUCUAGUGCACAUGGAAAUGUGUGAAUUCCAUGAUUUACGUAUCAAUUUGAUAUGUGAGGACUGUGAUGAAUUCAUUUGUGCUGAGUGUGCCAAAACAGACCAUAGAGAUCAUAACUGGAAGACUCUUACCUCUGCAGCCACACAAAGAAGGAGAAAUAUGCAGGAAUUUCUGAAGAAGAUCAUGGAAGAGGAUCUGCCUGGGAUUGAUGAGAAGAUGGAGAAGAUUCCACAACAGAUAACAGAAAAUAAAGAACUGUGUGACUCUGAGAUUAAAAAGCUACAGAAGCAUUAUGAUGAAAUAAUUACCAGGCUCUCAGAAAUCAGGAAAAAUAAUGAACAAAGAUUGAGAGAUAGUUUGGAGGAAAAGAAUGAUCAACUGAACCAUGUGAAAUCUGAGUUAGAGAAGAAAAAGAAAGGAAUUGUUGACACAGUGGAAUUCAUAGAGGAGAACAAUAGCACCAUGUCAGAUUACAGCUUGAUUGACUACCACAGAGAACUGAGAAAAACAUUGUCUGAAAUAGAGGUUCAAAUGACAAACUGUGAACAUUCAUUGAGGUUCAAUCCAAGCGAAAUCAAUGAAAACCUACUCGAUUCUUUGACUGGAAAAACACUGCAUUUAGAUGAUCUUGUAGUGACUCGAAUAAACUCGUUUCAAUAUGGAAAUAAUGCAAUAACUAUGUUGGAGACAUUCAGUGAAGAUCAAUGUUACAUAAGAGAAAAUAUGUCAGAGUAUACAGGAAAAGUUAACAAGGAAGGAGAAAAAGAACAGAUAAUUAAUAUCAAUCCAUAUGACAUGUGUGUGACUGAUUAAGGUGAUGUUUAUUUCACUGACAUCAUUGAGAUGUCCAUCCAAUGUCUGUCACCAUCAGGAUCUGUCUCUACAGACAUCAGUACAGAUCCACUUGAACCAUUAGGAAUCUGUCAGUCAGUGGACGGUGGACUACUGGUUACCCUGAGAGACUAUGUAACACAUUCUUACAAACUAGAGUCACACAGCAGAUGUCUGGUGAGACACAUCACAGUGACAGGUGACGUCAUCCAGGAGUAUGAGUACCAGGAGGACGGUCAGACCAGACUGUUUACAUGGCCAUACAGUGUCACACAGAACAGUAACAGUGAUAUCUGUGUUGUGAACCUUACAGGUAACACUACAGGUGAACUAGUGAUUAUUUCUCCCUCUGGUCGUAUGAAGUCUGUCUAUCGUGGACAGAAUCUGAAAAAGAACUUUAUUCCAUUUGAUGUGGUGUGUGACUCCCACUGUAACAUCCUUGUUACUGACUCACUUAACAACCAGAUCCAUCUAUUGAAUCCUGACAGGAAAUUCCUGAAGUUUUUACUGACAGACAAUGAAAAGAAUGGUCCAUACUCACUGUCCCUAUAUAAGUCUACACUGUGGGUUGGUUAUGAUGGACUUGUAAAAGUGUUUACAUACUCAGUGUAACGUUUAAUAAAGAUCUCUUUUUUCUGAAAUAUGUAUGAUAUAUGUAUACAGACUUCUCAUUCUCUGUUAUUAAAUUUUCAAAUCAUAUUUUUCUACAAGUAAUAACCAGAAUCAUCAAUUACAUUCAUUAUUUCAACAUCAAAUAUCACUUUGUUUAAUUAAGAAAUAAAUAACAAGUUUAUAAACUUCAAUGGGAAUUGAAGUAGGUCGGUCACGUGAUCAAAGCCUAUGAAGGCCGAAGGCCUUCUCAGAAGAUUUGAUCACGUAUCAACCCACUUCAAUUCCAAUUGAAUUUUAUAACCUUGUUAUUUAUUACUUAUAUGUAUAUUUGAGACGGACAAUUAAAUAUUAGAUUUAAUAUAUUCGGAUAUAAAUAUUGCACUAACUGGUCGCCGUAGAUUUCCGUCAAGAGUAUUCAAGGUGUAAAUCGGCUUGAAAGGCGGUUAUGCUUCGAAUUCGUCAGGCUAAGAAUUCUGUUUCGAAGGGAAUAUUUUGUUAAAGGCUACUUGUGAUCAGUAAUAGUGAAUAGAUUUUUCUCUGGGAAUAUUUUUAUUUGUGAAAAUUGAUCAUUAAUGCUGAAAAGACACAAGAAACACGUCCGAGAAUUGAUGAUAAAAUGUUGGAGGGAUUUCGGCCGCCUGAGAGGGAUGGAUGGAUCCGAUGGA